AUGCAAGCGCCAGACGUAGCCUCAAGCUUCCACAGCCUGGACGGGGAGUUUACUCUCACGAGCGAGCUGCGGCUGGACAGGUACUCCGAGAAUGCAGCAGAGACAUGCACCAUAACAUUCACCAACCCCAAGAAAGUGGGGACCUUCAUCAACCCACCGGCGCUCGAAACGCUUCUCGCGGCGCCGCCUCGGUUCGUGGACAUUCCUUUCAACGGUGACGACAAAGGCAGCUUCUCGCUCAUCCAGAAAGACAAAAGCAAAAGCAAGAAAGUAAAGGGCACCACGAGCAAAACAGCGACGUCGACGAGUUUCGUCACGAGAGCGAUCGCACGAGAGCAGCUGGCAACCAUAUUGGAGUUCAGACACGAGCUGUGCUUUAUGCUGGUGAACAUGGGCCGAACAGUUGCCUUGACUGAUUUUCCUUGUAAGAGCAAGGAACCGCUGGCGGUUCUGAACUUUAGGGAUGCGUCUGUUACUGCCGUCGAUUGUUACAUGGUGAACUCUCAGGAACUGCAAACGAUUAUUGGUUUUGAUACGGGAGACAUCCUGGCUUGGUUUCCAGUCCCAGGGAAAUUUGCCAGGAUGAAUAAGCAAGGUCUUGUCAACCGCAGUGGUGUGACAUCCGUCAAGUGGAUGCCUCCUGGGCCGCGAGAUAACUGCUUCGUAGCCGGCUUCGAAGAUGGAAGUGUGGUGAUCUUCGAGAAGGACAAAGACGACCCUACAAGUGCAUACGCGCCGUCAUCCGCGCCGUCAUACGCGCCGCCAGCCGCGGACGAUAACGAGCUUUUCUCUCUCAUACGGCCAUUCAAACUGGGCAAGCAUAAUCCGUGCGGGUACUGGCAAGUGGGGAGGAAGGCCAUCAGCGCCAUCUGCUUCUCGCCAGAUACAGAACAUGUCGCCAUCGCUUCACUCGAUGGCCAUCUCCGCAUCAUUCAUUUCGUCCAGGAGAAACUAGUGGAGACAUAUCGCACAUAUUACGGCGGCAUCACCUGUAUAGACUAUUCACCCGAUGGGAAAUACAUAUUGACCGGCGGCCAGGACGAUAUCGUCACAAUAUGGCAGAUUGGUAAAGGCGUCGUUGCCCGAUGUCAUGGACACUCGUCGUGGGUGAGCGGUGUGGCGUUUGAGUCCAUGCCACCACAUGACAAUAGAGAUAGCUAUAGAUUCGCUUCCAUCGGAGAGGACUUGCGGCUCUUCCUAUGGGAGUUUUCGCUGGCGCAGCUCAACAGGCCGCCAAAGACGAGCCGUAAGCAAGUAGGCGAAACCGAGCCCCUGACUAACGCCGACGGGGCACAUCCGGUCUUGUCGCGGUUUGACGUCCCCACAUUAGCUCCAUUAGAGGCGGAAGGAUUCCGACUACAUCACGCCCCCCUUUCUGCUCUAUGUUUCGGAACGCGUUCUCUCAUCACGGCCGAUAGACAAGGCUUUGUCCGCAUUUGGACCAGGUUGCUUACAGAUAGAGAAAAGAACUCUUCCUAA